AUGGAUCUGUUGGCCAUGGCAGCGCGAGGUGGCUGGGAGGUCAUGUUGCUAGUGGCGGUGGUGAUGGGCGCCGGUGGUAUAUCUGAUAAUGCAUUCGGUUUUCCGAAAUCCAGGAAAAGGAGUGAGGUUGGCGGACUCCAGGCCCGUGCGGGAUGCUCGGCGCAAAGUAGCGCUUCACGUGAUAAAUCCCGCGCGGUCCUGGGCCCGCGCACCUUUCACGCCCACAUACCUGUUGAGUCCGCACGUCUUUUACGCCCACACACGUACGAGCCCGCGCACCCUUUGAGUCCCCAUAACCUGACGCCCACACACGCUUUGGAUCCGCACACGCUUUGGGUCCGCACACCUUCACGCCCACACACCCUUUGGGUCCGCACGCCCUUUACGCCCACCCACCUUCCAGCCCGCGCACCUUUUGAGUCCCCAUCCCCCUUACGCCCACACUCCCCUUGGGUCCGCACACCCUUUGAGUCCGCAUACCUUUACGUCCCACACAUCCUUUACGCCCACAACACCUACGAGCUCGCGCACCUUUUGAGUCCGCAUAUUGUCGACGCCAACACACCCCAGCUUUAUUCCGCGAUGAACAACCCGGCGGAAGGUUCAUUGAUCAGUCAAGUCGCCGAGGACUAG